AUUCACAGUAGUGUCCCGAGUUUCACGGCCACGUUAAAACGUCGUACGAUUUCUCGUACAACCGCGACCGUAUAUACAUACGCUAUCAUUUAUUCUCGUCCCGUUUCGUCAUCCUUAUCACUGUUCCGCAUCCGUCGACCACGAUCACCAUGAUAAUAAAGUUGCUAUUCACAUUUGCGUGGCAAUAUUUUGACGAAUAAGAAAGGGAAAUUAAUUUCCGUUGCCGGCUCUGUGCGAUUAAGUUUUGCUGUAGAUACUUACAUGUGCUGUUCGUCGCAAGUGAACGAUGAAACACAGAGAACAAGAACCGUUCCUCGACACGACGAUUCUCAGAUCGACGAAGUAAGAGAAAUUUAAUUAACUUGCGUACACCGACUAAUGUAUCAAGUUCCGAGGAUAAUGUGCGUAAUCGAAGUUUCUUCGACGAAGAUAGCACUUUGGCUCGCAACUAACGAAACGAGUAACAAAAGCACUUGCGCAACGAUCCUCGGCUUGAUAAGAGAAAAAGCCUCUAAUUUUACUAAUUCACUGUCCUACAAUGUAUUAAGUUUCACUUUGAAUAGUUAUACAACCGGUCCGAGGUACCUCUUCGUCACGACUCAACGAUAGCACGUUGGUUUAGAGCAAACGAAGCGAGCAACAAGCGUAUUUGUCCAGUUGUCGGCGUUUCCGUGCGCAGAUUGCACGCUAUUUCCAGCAACCGGGUACACGGGGCCGGCUCGCGAUCAUCCUCGUUCCGAGGAUCAUUCAUAAUUCUUCGCGACGGGUUCUCCUCUCCUUCUCUGCUCUAACGUUCGCCUAAGCACCGGCAAAGUGUGCACCACGUCCUGCACGCGUUGCAUAAGAAUUUCCUCGCGAGUCACGCGGUUUCGUAUCGACGAACGCGAUCGUUUCGCCUUCCUCACGGGUUUUAUGAUGUUCGAAGUGGAUCUAGAAAUCCUCCUCGACCACUGGAUUACGCGAUAUUUCAACGAGAUAUAGAAACGAACAAUUUUUCCAACCACUGGAUUUUCUAUCCGCUGGUCGUACGUUCGAAGUGAAUCCGCGAAUUGUCGAAGUUUUUGUCAAAAUAUCGGACAGUCGGAUCUUGCUUCUUGACAAUGACGAUCAUUCUUCUAGUUCAGUUGAAUUUCACGUUGAGAAUAAUUUAGAAGCAGUAUCUCGAUGAUAUUCAAGAAUCAUCUAGACAUCUGUGAUCUCUUUUUAGAAGCGCCACAGUGUUGGAAGAAGAUCUAGAAAUCAACGAUCCCUUUUUCCAAGCGCUGCACGUCACUAGUCUUCGGAAAGAAUUUAGAACUCGAUAAUUUGUCUAUCCGAGCGACGUUCUAAUCGAAAGAGGAUCUAGAGAUCGACGAUUCGUUCUUUUAGACGUGAGAUUCCACGAUGUUGAAAAAGCACCCAGAGAUCGAAAAUCCCAUCUUCGAGGCGCUGGGUUCCGCGAUGUCCGACGCGAGUCCAGAAAUUUUCCAGCCUACUAUCCAAGUUCAAAGAGGAUCGAGAAAUCGUCGAGGCGCUGAAUUCAGGAUCCACGAACUCGUCGAUCAAUUCCACAAUGUUCCAAGAACGUUCCCUCCUCUUCGAUUCUCCUGUCUGGUUUCCACCAAUAUUCGCCAAGCAUCGAAAAAUCCUCGAUCUGCCUGCCAAAGCGUCGAAUUGCACAAAGUCGAAGGAGGAUCUAGAAAUCAUCGAUCCCUCCUCUGUCGAGGCACCGAGUUCCAAAAGGUUUCAAGAGCAUCCAGAAGUCGUGGAUCCUUGCGUGGAGGCGCGUCCGAUUGCACGAUGUUUCGAACGAACCGGAAAAUCCUUCGAAGCGCGAAAGUUAGACGAGGUACGAGGAGGAUCUAGAAAUCGUGGAUCCUCUGUUCGAAGCACUGACCGAUCGGUGGCUCGUGGUCGGCGAAAACUCGCUCGGAACCUGUCAACGCGAGAACCACUUCUGAGAUUGCGUGCGCCGCGGUAUAAGCGAAAAUAAUCCACGCACACGCGCGCGCGCGGGCGCGCGCGUUUGCACACCCACACUAGCCAAGUAGAAUGUGUUUUAAGACGGUGUGGCCGAACGUGUACGCUACUUUACGAGCAUUGUUCAAUGUGUCACGUGAACGUGUGGAAAGGUAGGCGCGAGCGCGCCUAUCAAACUGUGAACGUAUAUAUUUAGAUGUGUUUAUGCGUGUGUAUGUGAGAAAAUACGUCACACUGAUACGCGUGCCGCAUGGAAAUAGAGCCGUGUGCGAAUGUACUGCUAGUAGAAGAACUUGACAUGUGGGCAGAGCUACAGAUAAGAUUAUAUGAAGCCGCUCUAGCCAACGUUUUCGACCUGGAUUUUUAUUGCAAUUUUUAUAUUAUUCGUAUUGCGUGUAGGUUCGCUUUUCCAAGUUUCGUCGGUGUAUGCGUCGUUACGUACAACGAUGUGAGAUUGAAUUCUAUUUUGUCGUGCAAUAGAUACACUGUGCCACUCAAGGUACGACGAAAAUCGAGAAAAUAUCACCCUCGAGGUUGAAAAUUUGCCGAGUAUAUACGAAUUCACCUAAUUCCCAAAUAGACGGAGUAUAAUUGACAAGGAGGUUGUUCUAUAUCCGAAAAUAAGUCGGAAACGUGUGGUACAAUUUUUUCGUCCGAGGCUUCGUUUCCGAGAAAAUGAAAUUUUCAAACGGUAUAUACCGCUGUUUUCUUUAAGACGAGGCCACAAGAGAAAAAGUUGUACUCUACAUUUUUAUAUUUAGAGUAACCUUCGGCCAAUCGUCCACCUCUUAUCGGUCUACAAUCAGCAAAAAAUACAUAGGUAUACUUAACAAAGUGUACUUAAUAUACUUGUCAAAUGUGAUCACCUAAUGCAUGAAACCUCGAGCGUAAUUUUGUUAUCCUUCGUUUUAUUUCGUUUCACAGAAUCCCCUCUGAACUUCUCUUACGCCGCAAACGUUAAAAAUAUACACAACGAAGCAUCAUCAACGACGAUACAAAUGAAAUGAAGAAAUUGCGAUGGAGAGCCACGUCAAAGGCUUAAUUCUAGCAGAAUAUCUUCGACUUUAAUCAGGAAUUUAGGUCCACGAUGUAUACGAGUUUCGAGGUUCACGACAGCUUCAGAUUGUAGGUUUCUACGUAUAAGAGGCGAUCCUGGUAGUCGGUGCGUGGGUAUUGCUGGCAAGAACAAUUGGAUUGUUGUAAGAGGAUAUUUUUAUAGCUUUAUGCACGGCAUUUUUAAUACGGAUGAAUAGGAAAUGGGAAGUGGCGGUGAGGGUCGGUAGUGGGAAUUCUGGAAAAUGGCUUCUAUACGCGCAACUCUGAGAUUGGCCUUUGUUUGAUGACCGGGGAAAAUCGGUAGCUGUGAAACCGUUUUGCUUGUUACAACAAGCAACUUUGCGCACUCCUAUACGCCUCUAGUUAACACGUGCGCUCUCACAGCUACGAGCUUUGUUGAUCCGCUACGUUUUCUUGGUAAACAGCUCUAGAAGGAAAGCGUAUCGGCGGGAAAUUUUUAAAUAAUAUCAUGGAAAUAUAACGCAUAUUUCGCAAAGAAAUCAUUCACAGGCUCGAUUGUAUUUAGUUUCUCGCCACCAGCUAUUUUCCCCGCUCGUUUACAUAAUUACUCGCUCACGCUAGCAAUGACCCAUAUCGUUUCCGCUCUAUGAACAGUUUCCUCAGUUUCGUUCAUUUCUACGAUAAAGAGAAAUCUCUGGAAAUAAAUUGGAAAUGUUCAGAUUGCGAUAAUCCGGCUAAGUUAAUUAUAGGAGAAAUCGAAUGGUGCGUUUGUCGAAGUUCUUCGCUAAUUUCCAUGCGAUUGGCGGCGAAAAUAGAAAAAGAAGCGCUAUAUACGCCUUCUUGUUCGCCAACACGUCAGUACGUGUCACACUACAUUCUCCUGACUGGCGUAAGCGGCACAAGUGGCUUUAUACAUACAUAUGUAUGCAAUGUAAAUAAGCGUGUACGUAAUGUAAGCGGCGCGCAAAAAUACCCGUAAUACUAAAUUAUCGGUACAAGCGGUAGCGAACUGCGUUGCCGAUAAAUCUGCACUUAUUUUAAUUAAUCCCGUUAAAGAACGUGAAAGUCUUGCCACAUUGCCAACACCGUGUACCCAGUCGAAGCGUCUUAGGUGCCGAUUGGAAUUUAAUUUAGACGAAAAUACAAAGUUAUUCGUUCGUGUAACCGUGUUCUGUUCCCUUUUUAACAGACAGUCCAAACAGAAUUUAUUAUCGACGUUGUAUCGCCGCUUCUAUUAUUUCUUUCCUGCUACCUGUUAAAUUCGUAAGCGUUAUUAUAUCUUGCAUUUUAAUCUACGAUUUCGAACGGUUGUAUAAGUCUUGUAUAAGUCUAAGGUUGUGUGAGUCUCUUUUAUUUUUUGAUGGGGAACUGGUUACACGUCCUGGAAUCUCAUAAACGGAACGAGUUGGAUAAAUAGCAAUAGAAGGCACGAGUCCUCGAGCAAAGAUCCACGACUCGAGAUGUUCGUUAUUUUUGUUGCAAUUAUAAAGAUAAAUAUUCAUCAAGCCGCUUUCGUACACGUGCCGCCAUCUGGGGAAAUGCAAUAAACAUUUGCAGAUGGCGCUGCGAUAGCUUUUAGAAUUUGAAGCAGUUCGAAUUCGCGGUUUCGUAGUCGGAAUAAAGCUUCUUACGAAAAAAGCACGAGUUAUUACGAAACAUUAACGAAGUGGUUUGCAAUUGUGACAAAUUGUUAAUCUAUAGAUAGAAGAAACACAUAAGUAACUUUGAAACAACGAAAAUUUCCAGGAAUAAUACAUAGUUAUAUUCUAUAAUUGAAAAUUAAAUACAUAUUUUUGUAAUCAACGUUCUAAAUCAAACAUAAAGUCGCGCGUUCAAGCAGACGACGCGACGCUACUGUAACGACCACGUGAAAGCUGUGUCUCGUUGUUUAUCGUAGGAAAAUGGGUCGGAAAAUUCCAGGAAAAAAGCACAGAGGCGUAAAAGAUCCUCUUAAGCAACAGGCAAAACGACUGGCAGAGUUAGAAACAAAGAUAAAUGCACCGCCAAAAAAUGCAGACGAACAAGCUAUACCGAAAACUUUAGAAAGAGUAGUGAAAUUGAAAGAGGCAGUGAAGUCAGGGAAGAUAACCAAAGUCAAGAAAAAGAAAAAGAAAAAAAAUGCCCUCAUAUCUGUUGGCAAUAACUUGUGCUCUAAGCCUUUACAUCCAAAGGCUAAACCAGAUAAAGUUGUUCCUGUAUUUCAACAGAGACCUGGUGAAAGUGAGGAUAGAUUUUUGCACAGAGUUAACAGGGAUACUUACGCCUUUAUUAAUGAAACUGCCUUUGAGAGGAAAUACAGUGUUCAAGUCAAUCGAAAUCCAAAUACAGGAGAGAUAGAGGGGCUUUCGAAAUGCGAAAAAACUGAGUUAGAUGAAAUUGACAUGUUGAGGUCAAAGCAUAAAAAUAUUAAAAAAAAGAAGAAAAAGAAAGAUACUGAUGAACCUAAAAUGAGUAAGUCGGAGAAGAGGAGAGAGAAAUUGAAAUCCAAGAAACAAAAACAAAUGGAAGAAAAAGUAGAUGAAUUUGAUACUUUUAAAGAUCAAGUUAAAUUUGGAGAAGUUGCUCAUGAACCACCUCAAUUAAAAGUCAGGCCAAAACAUGCUGACAAUAUGAGUACCUUUAAGCCUGGAAAAAAGAAACUGCUUCUUCAUUCAAUACUUAAAAAGAGUGAGAAGACAAAAAUGGGGACUAAGAAAACAAAAGCCAUAGAUAAGUCAGGAAAACGCAAGAAUCUACCAGUUGGAGAAAGGAGACAGUUAGAAAAACAGCAAAGUGAUAUCAUAGCAGCAUACAGAAUGUUAAAAGCACAACGGUCGGCUGAUGUUAACAACUAGGGAAGGAAAUGCGGUGAACGUUCGUGAAAAUCGGAAUAAAAGGAAACGCCUGAAAACGAGCUCGUCUGGUAGAAGUCCCGAUCUUCGAACGAUCGACGUCUUCCGUGAUCGAAUAAUCUACGUGACUGGCCACGUGACUGCCGCUCUGCAAACAG